UAACAAACGAAGGGUAAAUUUGAUCGAAUGCUUUUUAUAGGGUCUGAAGUAGUUCAGAUACUGAGACAGACAGAGAUGCAACCAAGCCUGAAAGCCGAAACAUAUUUCGAUCUUUUGGCGUUCAUUCAAGAGUAGUGACAGACACAGCUACCCUGGUUCUCCUUUGAUCCCCCCACUAAAGACAUCGAUCAUCCGCAGGAGAAAAGAACCGUUUUGAUUACAAAAUGCCGUCUCAGAAAAUUGAAACUGGCCAUGAGGACACUGUCCAUGAUGUUGCAAUGGAUUAUUAUGGCAAGCGGAUUGCAACUGCAUCAUCGGAUCAUUCAAUCAAGAUAGUUGGGGUGAACAACAAUUCUUCUCAGCAUCUUGCAAAUCUGACCGGGCACCAAGGCCCAGUUUGGCAAGUAGCUUGGGCUCACCCGAAAUUUGGCUCGUUGCUUGCUUCAUGUUCUUAUGACGGGCGAGUCAUAAUUUGGAAGGAGGGUAAUCAGAAUGAUUGGAUCCAAGCACAUGUUUUUGACGAUCACAAAUCAUCUGUCAAUUCCAUUGCUUGGGCACCUCAUGAACUGGGCCUUUGUUUGGCGUGCGGUUCAUCUGAUGGGAAUAUAUCUGUUUUUACUGCACGAGCUGAUGGCAAUUGGGACACAUCGAGGAUUGAUCAAGCUCACCCUGCUGGUGUAACUUCUGUUUCAUGGGCCCCAUCCACGGCACCCGGUGCCCUUGUUGGUUCUGGUUUGCUUGACCCUGCUCAGAAGCUUUGCUCAGGUGGUUGUGAUAAUACUGUCAAAGUGUGGAAACUGUAUAAUGGGAAUUGGAAGCUGGAUUGCUUUCCAGCUCUUAAUAUGCAUGCUGAUUGGGUGAGGGAUGUUGCUUGGGCACCCAACUUGGGCCUUCCAAAAUCUACUAUUGCUAGUGCCUCGCAGGAUGGGAAGGUUAUUAUAUGGACUGUGGCAAAGGAAGGUGAUCAAUGGGAAGGUAAGGUCUUGCAUGAUUUCAAGGCUCCUGUUUGGAGGGUCUCGUGGUCACUAACUGGAAACAUACUGGCUGUUGCUGAUGGGAACAGCAAUGUAACAUUGUGGAAAGAAGCUGUAGAUGGGGAGUGGCAACAGGUGACAACUGUUGAUGCCUAGGACUUGUGAUCUUUAAACCUUUUCUUUUAAAACUAUAUCGUUUUGAUUCCAUGAUAAUCCGUGUUGGAACUCUUCUCCCUUUCACAUCUCACCCUACCCUUCAACAUUAUUCCAUAUCUGAUUACUGUGCUAAAUAUUUUUGGAUGCAAAAUUUUGAACUUUAGUUUU